UUUGUAGCAGAAACAUGCCAAGCGUUCUGUCCUGUAUGAGGAUGUAAAUCAGAGUUUUGCACUUACUGAAAAACCAUUUCAAUGUGUUUGGAUAAAUCAUGGCAUUCGUGAAAAUGAACACAGAUAAGCAGCUAAGCCAGGAAGAGAUUUUGGACAUACUAAACAAGGUGAAAAUAAAGCAGAUAACCAUUGAUGAUGCAUUAGCGUUAUGGAACCAAGAAAAAAAGUCUGAUGAAGAGCAAAUGAAGCCUGAAAACGUGGGCUCCAAGGAUCCACCCACUACGCAGCAAUACAACUUCACUGUCUACAAGCAGAGAUACAGAAGAAAAAAGCGGAUAUUACAGAUUGAUUUAAUCUCACAGAUGAUUUUUAAUAUUGAGAAGGGGAAUCUGAAGAAUCAGUUUCCGUUUACCCAAAUCAAGUCCUGUUUCAAUGGUGAUGGCCUGAAAUUAGUCAUUUCUUUUUAUGGACACCAUGAUUACGAGAUUGAAGCUUCUUCCCUUGAAGAUAAGGAAAAUCUAGUGAAGAUUAUGAAUGACAUCAUACAAGAUAACGGUCAGCUAUCAACCGUUAAGUCUUUUGCUAAAAGAAAUGCCUACUGUGAUGUAAUUCUUGAUGGCCUAUUGGAACGACAAGAGCAGAGACCUGGUGGAGAAACAUGGAAUAUGUGCCUGGUGAAGCUUAAAAGACAGGAACUUGUCUAUUACUGUGCUCAGGAGAAGUUACAGCCAGUGGAAAACAUCAUUAACCUGUCGGAGUGCUAUGUGUAUUCUAGCGGAAAUAGUGAUUCGCCCUCGUUUACUAUACACACCAAAGGAGGUAGUUUAGUGUUUCGUAUUCCAUUGAAUGAGCAGACCAGGAAUCGUGAUAAAAGCCUGGGUAUGAGAGAUGACUGGGUGUCCCUGCUGCAGGAAUAUAGCUCUCACAACCCUCCAAGCUCUCUUAACAAAUGUAACAGCAAUUCCAGUGAAGUCAUAUUGGAUAUCAAAAGCAACCAGACAACUCCAGAACCUCUUCCACCAGACUUGCUUGCUGACAACAAGAUACAAAACAAUUUAAAAACUAGUAAUGUAUCUGAUACUGUUUACUCCAGUAUUCUUUCUGAUAAGAUCAUUCACCAGGAAGAUACCUCAAAACCAGAAAUAAGCAUUACUCAAAGUCUACCACAAUGCAGGAUCUCUCCUAUUCUUUUGCCACCUCCGUUACCGGAACAACUACAUAAACUGAAUAAUUCACGGAAUAUACAGAAACGGACAAAAGCUUUCCACUGGGACAUCGUAUUGCAGGAAAGGGUUAAUAAGUCCAUGUGGGCUUUACAGAACGCAGAUCCAAAGAAAAUUGAUACACAAAGAAUUAUGAAUUUGUUCCAAUGUCACGAAUUUACAGUUUCUGCCGAUAAUUCAUCAGAUUUGUCAAAAAAUCUAAAUAUCCUUUUAAACAGUAAAAUUGCACACAAUUUCAAUAUUGUUCUCAAAAGUUUCCACAUGGCGCCUGUGCAGCUUAAAGACAAGUUAUUCAUCAUAAAUGAAAGUGACGGAGGGUUAUCUGAUGAGCAUCUAACAAAUCUAAGAAGAUAUGUUCCAACGAAGAAAGAUGUGAUUAUGUACCAAAAUUUUAAAGGAUCCCCCCAUGAAUUACACAUUGUGGAUCAGUUCAUGCUAGAGAUGUGCAAAAUUCCGGACCUGUGUAAAAGAUUGGAUACCUUACUUGCAAUACGUGAGCUGUCCUCAUACAUGCAAGAUUUAAAUAGGCUUCUCUCCCUGCAAGUGAAAGCAUGUGAGCAGCUGCUGAAAAGCCAGACUUUUCCAGCCGUACUCCAUUACAUAUUGGCCAUUGGGAACUGUCUGAAUGAAAAUGCUGGCAAGGAAAAAGUGAAGGGGUUUCGUUUAUCUUCCCUGACAAAAAUGUCCCAGCUUGUCAGCAAAGAAAAAAAAUUCACCUUGCUUCACGGGCUUGUGGAACAGAUCUUGUUAUACGAGCCUGAUUUGGUUAAAUUUCCUCAGGAGUUUAACGAAUUUGAAUCUGUUCCUGGUGCUUCCGUCAAAGGUCUGAUUGCAGAAGUAGAAGUUUUAUCCAAAGAACUGGAAAAGAUUGAUGAGUAUCGGAAAACAUUCAAGAGUAAAUUCAGUAAAGGAUCAAGUAGUGAAACAAAGUUUCUGAAAGAUCUGAAGAUAAUUGUUGAAACCUAUGGAACAGAAUAUGCUAAAAUUGCUAAAAGAUCCAGUGAAAUGAAAAAGAUCUACUCUGACAUACUGCAAAAAUUUGCAGAAGCAGAAGAUCAAGAUUCACAGGAGAUGUUUGGAUGGAUUUCAACUUUCAUAAAAGAAUUUCAAAACGUGGUCUCUCAGAUCCGGGAUCUGCAGAACUGAUAGCGCACAAUGUUUGUUGGUUUGUUUAAUUAAUGCACAAUGUGUUACCAUUGCCGUAACUGACACAAAACACGUUAUUGAGUCUGAUAUUGUUUCUUAUUGCAUGGUGUUAGUCAGGAACAGCAAUGCCUUCAGGAUUGAGAUGCAGGAACUAUAUUGUUUUGCAAUUAACCUGCUGCUCCACACAUUUGCACUUUUCUAUUGUCUUUUCAAUAAUUAGAUGUAGCAGGUGCUUAUUGUAUAUGUUUCCUGUACAGUUCCAUUUAAUGAGUCUGGAAUAGUUUGCGUGUUUCUAUGAUAUGGUUAGGUUUUAAAGAAACCUAACCUAACCUAAAGUUUUUAUCCCAUGUAAGCCAGCACUACGAGUUUUUUCACUAUUAAUAAUAUUCUCUCGUAUAUGUGCAUUUAUUCAAGGGAGUCGGUCUUUAAAUAAUACUAAAGUUGGCUAUAGCUUAACCCAUAGCUGGAUUACAAUAAGAAGAGCCUCGGAGAGCCCUGGGUUUAGACAAGCAUCAUGAAGGUACUUGACCAAGCUUGGUCUCUUGCUGUGGGGAAGUGCAUUAGGGAAAUGUUAAAAUAUGUUUCAGACACACAUGAGAAGAUAUGAACAGUAAUUUACUAAAGUGGAAAUUAAGAUUAGAGUAGCUGGCAUAAAAGCAUAGCUGACUUAGCAAACAUUUCCAGUUUGGCAAUCUUUAUCUUAAAGGGAAAGUUAACUGCACAAAUAAAAAAUAUCACAUUUAGGCGAUACACCCCUAAUGAAAAUAUGCAUACAUUUAAUUGUAUAUUUUUUUUUAAAGGGGUUAUAUCUAAAAACCGCUUGUAAAUACUACAGAUCUCUUACCUGCAGUCUUUGCAAGCCCUCCCCUUCUAACUCCGCCCAGACUUUCUGUGGCUGUCCAAUCACAGACUCCCCAAUGCAGCUCAAAUAUAAGUCUAUGCAAGGCAGGUACUCUGGGUAAUUGCUGCCUCUUGAUUUUAUCUCCACUGAACUAAACAAAUCAGGAAAUAACAGGACCGGGUGACUGAUUGACAGUCAGGGGGUGUAACAAAGUUCAUUUAUAAAAGUGCUAUU